UUUGCAAGUUUGUGGAAACGAUCGAAACGAUAAAGAAGUCACAAUCAAAGAGUGAUGAUGAUUUCAGUGUGUUUAUUCAAAUAGAAAUGAAAGAUAAUUCUCUAGAACAAUGACAUUAUUUUUAGGGAGAUACUUGAUUAGAUAAUAGACGAUAAAUCAGGGAGAGGCAGCGUACUGCAGCAAUGACCCUGCAGCGGGCAGUGUGCGGCACUGCGGCGGCAGUGGCCUCCCGCCGGCUGGGGACGCGACUGCUGUCGGCGGCGGCGCCCGGCGGACCCCUGGCCGUGUACCAGCGCCGGCUGGCCGACGGCUCUCUGUACGCCGACGAGUACCAGGCGGCCAUCGUGCAGCGGCUCGACCAGAUCCACCGCAGCCUGGACGGCUACUCGCCGCCGCGCCGCUCGCUUCUGUCGCGGCUCUUCUCGCUGGGCGCGUCUUCCAGUCGGCGGCCACGCGGCCUCUACCUCUGGGGCACCGUUGGCACCGGCAAGACGAUGCUGAUGGACCUGUUCCACGACUGUGUGGACACGCCACACAAGCGGCGCGUGCACUUUAAUGCCUUUAUGCUGGACGUGCACCGGCGGAUCCACGAGGCCAAACAGCGCGCGGCGAUUCAGAGCAGCGACACCAAGCCGCGCGCGUUCGACCCGAUCCGGCCGGUCGCCGAGGCCAUCGCCGAUGAGGUGUGGCUCAUCUGCUUCGACGAGUUUCAGGUGACCGACAUUGCCGACGCCAUGAUCCUGAAGCGACUGUUCACCUCCCUCUUCUACAACGGCGUGAUCGUGGUGGCGACGAGCAACCGACCGCCGGACGACCUCUACAAGAACGGUCUGCAGCGCGGCAACUUCCUGCCCUUCAUCCCCGUGCUCAAGGGGCACUGCUUCGUGGAGUGCCUCGACUCGGGAAUCGACUAUCGACUCAUGGGAGCUGCUAGCCAGGAGAAGACCUAUUUCCUAAAGAGUGACGGUGACGCCGACUCUGGCCUGCGCCGGCUCUUCAAGGUGCUCUGCGCCCGCGAGACGGACGUGGUGCGGCCCCGGCUGCUGCACGUGCGCGGCCGAGACGUGCAGUUUGAGCGCACGUGCGGCCAGGUGGCCGACUGCACCUUCUCCGAGCUCUGUGAUCGGCCGCUGGGAGCCGCCGACUACCUGACAAUGGCGCAGUUCUUCCACACGGUCAUCAUCAGAGACGUUCCGCAGCUCAACACCAAGAAGCGGGCGCAGGCGCGACGCUUUAUCACGCUGAUCGACACGCUGUAUGACCACCAUGUGCGUGUCGUCAUCAGCGCAGACGUGCCGCUCAAGGAACUAUUCACCGCCGAUAAAGACAUGGACGUGGACGACGACAAGCGGGCACUCAUGGACGACCUGAAGCUGACCAAUGACUCGCUCACCGAGGCCAGCAUCUUCACCGGCGAGGAGGAGUUGUUUGCGUUCGAGCGUACCGUGUCGCGCCUGGCUGAGAUGCAGACGGCCGACUACUGGUCACGCUGGGAGCAGACCGCAGCCUGAUGUCGGCCGCCGCCGCUCCGCCGCCCGCCGAGAGUCACACCGAGCCACCCACCGAAGUCAGUCCACUCCAACUGGGACAGUGGGACCCGCGCCGGCUUCAGGGGACUACUGUCAGAGCACGCUAGUAUGCUUGGAGCUCGCUGAAAUCGAUUCGCCAGCUUUAGCUCGUGGCAUUCGGUCCAGAUGUGAUCCGGGACGGGUAAAGGUGGUAUUUAUUAGUGGCUGACUUCUGGGGCGGUGGGAUUCAAGGCGGUUAGGUGGAUGUGGCGGUCCUAGCUCAAUUUCACUGACAUGGACCUCUUGGAGGUCUGCAAUACAAAUAGAAUCGCUAGUUGUUGACGAAGGGCUGUUACGAGCGGGUGAGACUUGUUUGGGAUACGCAGCUGGUGUGUGUCGUUUUUAAGCUGGUGGGCACCAUUGUGGU